AUGAAAGUGAUCUCUAAACAGGAAGUACUAUAUGGGUCAAAACCAAGCCCAAAGGCUAAUAGUGCAAAAAAGCUUUCAAGGCAGUCAAGUACAACUGGAUCUGGUAGAAGAACCUCCCUUGGUGCAAGUUCAAAACCGGAAGCGAAAGCUACUCACUCAUAUUUCUCAUCAGCUAAAACAGGAGUUGAUAUUGCUCAUUCUCCUUUGGAAAAGAACUUAUUUGGUAGUGGAAGUGUUCGCAAGAUAGAUUCUCCUUCAGCGAGACAACCUUUUUCACCCAUCUCUUCGACAGAAUCAUCAAAAGCAAACUCAGCAAAUACCACAGAUGAACUAAAAAUGCAGCAGACUGAGGAGUUGGUGAAAACAUUAACACUUUACAAUAUGCCAUUCACUAGUCCCUCAAAGACAUCAACAGUGGUAGAUGAAGAGAAUAAAACCCCAAAAGCAAUGCCAUUUUCUCUCUUCUCUUCAACAUUACCACCAAAUUCCUCAAAUGAAUCAGAUAUACAGACUCAGAAUUUACAGAAAACAAUAACACUACACAAUUUGCCAUUCUCUACUCCUUCAAAGACAGCAACAGAAACAGUGGUAGAUGAAGGGUAUAACACUCCAAAGGUAAUGGCUAUUCCUGUUCCAACUACACCUUCAUCAGUUCCUUUUGGAGGAUACUCGGCUCAAGAAACUGAAUAUUCCUUUGAGGAAAGAAGGCUUGGUUGUGUGUUUGAAUGAUUUUGUGAAGUCAAAUUUAAUUGGCUUCUCAUUUUUGUGUACAUAAUCUCCUACUAGUGUAUGUGGAAAAUGGAUAGAGCUUCUGAAUGCAACAUUUUGCAGUCUAAUGUGAUAUUUUGUUAUAUAGUCUC